GAAUAGCUUCUAAUGGGAGAAACGGCGGCCUUUCCCUUAGAUUAGGGUCCGGACCUUCGCCGUCAUUAUGCGGCGCUCGUUUUUGACGCAUCUUGGCGUCGAUUGCAGGUUGCGAGAGUAUAUCGAUCGAAGCAGAUUCUAAUAGGCUUGGGCGCUUGGCUUGUCGAUUGCAGAAGCGUACAGAUGUAAGACGAAGUAGGAGGGAACCACAGGGACGGUCGCAAGCAGGAGGGAGAGCCCGUGGAAGACCUCGUUGACAAGUACGGGGGCCUGGGAACCGGAGAAUGCGAGGAUGAGGUGCUGCUGGAUGAUGAAGACGAGGGGGCAGAGGCGGUCGGGUCUAUGAAGCCGGGGGAGUUUCCGGUUAUUGGGACGAUUCUCACGGACAUAGUGGCCGUUUUCCGUUUUUCAAGGAUCUCAUGGCUGCGUUAUGGCGCCUGGGCAAAGGUGUCUCGAUUGAGGAGAUCGGGGAGAAGAGGUACAUCUUUAUCUUUUUUCACUCUGUUGAUGUGAAUCGUGUUUUGGACUAUGGUCCCUGGUUGUUUGAUAAAAAUAUGAUUGCGUUGAGAGCUAUUAAGCCGAGGGAUAUCCCUCUAAAAGUUCUGCUAGAUACAGUUGAGCUCUGGGUACAUGUUCACAAUGUGACGUAUAGUCAUGAUAAUCUUGGGACGGCUAGAAGAAUUGGGAAUUAUCUGGGUGAAUUUGUCAGGUGGGACGAUACACAAUUUGGUGGAAAAUGGGAAUCUUACAUGCGUGUGAGAGUUCGAAUGAAUGUGACCAAACCUUUGAAGGUUGAAACUAUUCUAAUGAAUGGUAAAGGAGAAGGGUAUUGGGUAGCUUUCAAAUAUGAGAAGCUCCCGAGUUUGUGUUUCUGUUGUGGUGUCAUUGGACAUGUAGAGAAAUAUUGUCUGCUUUAUGAGAAAGGUGACCAAGCAUUGACUAGGCCAUACAGUUCGUGGCUAUGAGCGGGUGGACGAAAAUCAAAACCCUUUAAGGGUAGCAAAAGGUUGAUCUCGGAAAGGAGCUUAUCGGCAAAGGGCGGGAACAGGGCACGUGUGGAGAGGUCACCUCAAGGCCAUAAGUUAGAAGGGGUAGGGGAGAGCACCCCAAGCAGGAAUGCAAGUUUCUUCUACUCCCGGGGAAAUUUCAGUGGUGGGAGGACUAGGAGAACGGAAGAGAAGGUGCAUUUGGGAGGAACAUGCCAAAGAGAUUGAUGUGAAGAAUGCUAUGAUGCUGGACUGGCCAAAAAACGGGGUUGGGGCGGGUGCUGGACUCCAGCCCCGCCAGAAGUUCUGAAGCUGAUGACGGCUUGUUAGCCGAGAGACUUCUUUAUUCUAUUCGUUUUGCUUUAUUUAUUUCCCAUGCAUUGGAUGUUGAUUUUGUUUUGGUUGCGCUGCGUUUUUUCAGCAAAAAACUCUUGAAACUAAGACAGGGGAUGAGGAGUCGUGUCUGCAAGUCAUAGGCUCAGGUAAGCCCAAAGCGGGACCAGCGAAUUAUAUGGCUUCUACAGGGAUGAUUAAUUCACAGUCUGGUCCUUGGGCGGACAGUAGAGAGGAGACUUGUUGUCACUUUGUAACUUGUUUUGGUUUGGCCCUUUUUGUUAUGAUAAGUUAAGCCAGUUUCGUUAAAAAAAAAAUAACUUCUAAUGAUAUGUUUUUCUUCUACUUUUUCUCUAGACUUUUACAUUAAUGAUUCCAUCUCCAUUACGAACUAAUCAAAUCCUUUAAUGUGUGGAGUCUACAUAAUGUCAAGUGUUAGUUAUUUAACGGUUUCCUCC